CUCACGUCUCAGUACCCAAGUACGCAACCCUGUGUUUUUGGGUUAUACACCUAUAAAAAGGGCGGCAUCAUCCUAGCUUUUUCAUUAAUUUUCCGCGCUGCGCUUGUAGACAUCUAUCCAGCAGAGCGCAGCAGGAUGGUGUACGCGCUCCUGCUGGUCGCCUUGGCGGCCGUCGCCGCCGCAGCGGUGCUCCGCCACUACCUCCCGCUGCUCCGCGGCGGCCUCCCCAAGGGCAGCUUCGGCUGGCCCCUCAUCGGCGAGACCAUCGGCUUCCUCCACGCGCACCCGUCCAACACCGCCGGCGGCUUCCUCAAGGAGCACGUCGCCAGGUACGGGACGGUGUUCAAGUCGCACCUCUUCGGCUCGCCGGCGGUGGUCUCCUGCGACGAGGAGCUCAACCACUUCGUGCUGCACAACGAGGAGCGCCUGUUCGAGUGCAGCUACCCCGGCGCCAUCCGCACCAUCCUCGGCGAGUCCUCCGCGCUGGUGGUCACCGGCGAGCGCCACCGCCAGAUCCGGAGCAUGUUCCUCGCCCUCGUCGCCUCCACGGGGCUCAAGGCCUCCUACGUCGCCAGCGUCGACGAGUCCGCGCGCUCCCUCAUCGCGUCCUGGCGCGGCCGCGAGACCAUCAGCUUCUGCGAGGAGGCGAGGAAGUUCCCCUACAAGGUGAUCAUGGAGCAGGUUCUGGGCCUGCCGCCGGACGGCCCGGUGGCCCUCCGGAUCCUGGAAGAGUACCAGAUCUUCAUGAAGGGGAUCAUCUCCCUCCCUAUCACCCUCCCCGGGACAGCAUUUUCCAAGGCCGUCAAGGCAAGGAAGAGGAUAUCCGAGACCAUGGAGAAGUUCAUCGAGGACAGGAAGCGCAGCCCAACCAAGCAGGCCGUCUUCCUCGACGUGCUCCUCGCGAACAAGGAGCUCACUCACGACGACAAGGUCGCCUUCCUGCUGGACUCGCUGCUAGCAGGCCACGAGACCACCUCUGUGCUGCUCUCCAUUCUCGUCUAUUUCAUUGGGAAAUCUCCCAGCAUCAUCGACCAACUCAAGAAAGAGCAUGAGGCCAUCAGGUCCACAAAGGGGAAGGAGGAGCCCUUGACGCCUGACGACUACAGGAAGAUGGAGUACACCAGUCGUGUUAUCAAUGAGGGACUGAGAUGUGGCAACAUCGUCAAGCUAGUGCACAGGAAGGUUCUCAAGGACGUCACCUACAAAGGAUACGUGAUCCCGGCUGGUUGGAAAAUCCUGCCCAUCUUGGGUGCUGUCCACGUGGACCCAUCGCAUCAUCUGGAACCCGAGCAGUUUCAGCCUCGCAGAUGGGAGGGGCUGAACCAGCCGGCUGGCAAGAGCUUCGCGCCGUUCGGAGGUGGACUGCGGCUCUGCCCUGGAUCGGAGAUUGUCAAAGUGGAGGCUGCUUUCUUCCUGCACCACCUUGUGCUCAACUACAGGUCCUUGUUGUUAAAUAAACUGAACAAGAUUUCAGGCGUCAGUCAUGAAAAACCCGAGGAAAAUCGGGCAAAACCAACCUGCGGUUCUCUUCUUUCUAGUAGUCGUUUUAAGUGGAGGAUGGGUGAAGAGGACGCUCCCAUGCUGCACCAGUACGUGGAAUUCAAGAAGGGCCUGCCCAUACAGCUCGAGCCGGUCAGCUGAUGCUCAUCAAGCCUUUGCCUCGCUCGCUCUUCGUCAAGACUCCAAGAGAGAUGAAAUAAGUUGAGACGUCGGACCCCCGCCAGCCAGCCAGUCCUGAAUCGCGAUUUACAAGUCACAAAAAAACAAAAUAAUAAAAUAAAAAUAGCUGUCUACGUUUAUGUAAUUUUAUUUUUUACGCGUAAUUUACUGUUAUUAUGAUGCAUAGGCAUCAUGGUUUAUGUAUCACCCGAGAUGGGGGACACGUACGGUACGGGGUUUGGCACGAGUCAUGCAGGUCUCAAACCUGAACCUCCAGUUGUAGCACUCGCCAUAUCUAUCAUAUCCUCCCGUUGGUUUUCCAUUGCUA